UCGGUUUGUAGGCUACCAUCUUCCCCCCAACAUAAUACACCCCCCAUUCUUGAAUGGACCUGACCGGAAAUAUAGCUUGUAUACAUUGAUUAUCAGGGUGCGUUGUGUCGGGGGGAAGACAGUAGUGAUGAAAGCUGUAAGAGGACUAAAUGUGCUGAAAUUUGGUGCUUUAUUGAACCUUUCUACACCAAAGUUUUUGGUGCUUAACUAACCUUUACAUUUUUUCUGCACCCCAUCCCUUCUACUCCUUUGCACAGAAGAAAGAAGAUACCAUAGCUGCAGAAGCAAUGCUGGCAGAAAAGAACGCCAUACUGAAGCAAGAUCUUGCCGAGCUGAAGGAGGCCAUGUCUCUUCUCCAGGACGACAAAGAUGAGCUGCAGGAGAAGAACUUGUGUCUGAAGCAACAAAUCCAGGAGAUAGAAAACAGGUUUGCAGAUGAGCAGCGGACGAGACUGGAUGCUGAAAAGAACGCGCAGACCGUCACGAAAGCCCUCACCGAGUUCAGACUGAGAAUGAAGGAGAGAGAGGAGGAAUUGCAGCAAGAGUUCAAAACCGCGUCGCAAGAUUGGUCGACCAGGUUGGAUAACGAAACGGCACGUGCGAAAGCUGCAGAAGAAAGAGCCAAGAAGGCUCGGGAGCAACUGGAAGUCGCGGUGAGCGAAGCAGCAUAUCUCAAGGAGAAGGUACAUGAGUGAGAGGGCCCCCGUGCCUUGCGAGACAGGGAACAUGCAUGAGGUCCAAGAAACGAUCCAACCUGUGAAGAAGAGAUUAGCAGUCGGUCACAGCAUUGCGCUUUUAUUUACAAAAAGGGUCCCUCCCCCCCUUCCCCCUCAAAAUCAAAAGAAAACCAAAGA